AUGUACGGCCAUAUCCAUAUCAUUUUGAAGGAUCUUGUGAUCUCAGAACUGGGCUGUGAUGCUUGGGUCCGACUCCUCAAGAUGUCUGGUUUUGCAGAGGAAGCGGACGUGCUGGACACGGUGCCCCACAACGAUUCGGUGACCUGCAGUUUGUUGACCUCCCUGUGCAUGAUCAGCGGCCGAAGCCCGGAACAGAGCGUCGAAGCUUUGGGGCAUCACCUCAUCAUCUUUUCGCUGCGCUCGGGGCACGGGCGCUUCCUGAAAGCACAGGGGGCCACGUUGCCAAUCUUUCUGCAGAAUGUGAACUCGCUCCACCGGCAGCUGGAACGAGACCAUCCUGGGGCGACUUUUCCGUUCCUUCAAGUUUUCUAUGAUCCCGUGCUGGAUGAAGCAGAGUUGAGGUAUUUGUCGCCGCGCAAAGGCUUUGGUCGCUUCGUGGUUGGAGUGGUGAAAGCUAUCGGGAGCUUCUUGUAUGGGGUGGAGGUCUUCGUUCAGGAGCAGCCAGUGGAGACCUUGAGACAGCGCACUUCGGACAGAUUGAAUACUAUCUCCAGCGAUUUGCACCAGAAAGCCUGGAAAAUGACCUGGCGACCCCUCCCAGCAGGACCUUUGCGCGUGUCCACCAGCUUGGCCAGUGAGACCCCAAAGUCCUUUCGGUCCUUCACGUCUUUCCACUUUGCCAUGAUGGAUUUUGGAAAACUCUGUGGUUCCAUCAACUGGUUUUGUGAGUCGACAUCAGCCGUUGCCAACGAAAAAUUGGCGGAGCUUAUGAGAUCCAGGUUGCCCGAGGAAGAUGUUUUGAUGCGCAGCACGCAGGCCAAGACCAUCGCAGCGGCAUGGAGCGACACACACCUGUCCAAGUGCAUUCGCUUUUGGGAAAGCUCUGAAGGCUUCGGCUCGGACUACGACCUGUCUUCGGAUGCCUUGUGGGCCGACGGCUUCGUCUCGCACUGCUGGGCCCCGCCCGAGAAUUGGGCCGAAGUCAUCGGAGAGGUGUCCUAUGCGGAAGUGAAAGCUACAACCCUGGCCGUAAUGGCGAAGGACAUCGCCCUGGGUCGACGGCAAGAGCUGUCCAUGUGGAGCCAGGUGACCUUCUGGGUGGAUAAGGCUUGCAUUCCUCAAGAUCACGAAGAACUCAAGGCGACCUGUGUGAACUUGUUAGAGAAAUUCAUUCUGAAGUGCGAGACUUCAAGAACAUCUUCCUUCAUACCGAGCUUUUGGUACAGGAUGCAACUUUGCCCUUGUACCUGGAUGCCGUGCGGCAUUUCUCCUUGA